AUGUCUCUCCUUGGAAAGAAGUUCCCCGGUCUCCUGGGCAAGCCCAUGACUCCUUUCUUCGCCGCCGGUGCCAUCGUCCUGUACGGCGUCAACUCUCUGCAGAACGUUCUCUCCAACACGAGCGGCCCGACAAAACCCUUUACUUACCAUCGAAAAUCAACAGCUGCCGAGUUCAAGAACGACCCUCGCAACCCCAACGCCAAGUCUGGUAACGCCGGCCACUAA